AUGAUCGUACUGCGCAAUCCGGUGGUGCGAAACGCCAAACACAUCCUCUACGGCGAAUCCAGGUUCACCAGCGAGGCCAAAGGACUGUCCGGUUUUGGCGCCACACUGGUUCGCGAGCUCAGCAAGCACUGUUUCGUAUUGUCUGCGGAGGAGUUUCGGACCUCCCAGGUCUACAGCCUGUGUCACACAAACGCGCCCAUGAACCAAGCCCAGGUGUGCGGAUCAUCCGAGUUUUAA